AGAGCUCUGUGGAAAAGAGGGUUGCUUUAGCCAAAAGGCAUUCCUGGGAAUUGAAACAGGCCCUUGACUGUCUGUUAGCUUACCGGCUCCAGUGAGACUUGGGAACUUUGCCCCCACCAUGAGUGGAGUGAGUUGUUGUGGAGUUGGAAUGCCUGAGAAUGGGCUGAUGCUGAUUGUUCUGAGCGUACUUGUGAACUUCUGGUCAGGAGAUGCCCAUCCACAGUGCCUGGACUACAAGCCCCCAUUUCAGCCUCCUGAGCCGCUGUUUUUCUGCAAGGAGUAUGCCAAGUUUGGAUGCUGCACUCUGGAAAAGGACAAUAUAAUAUCUGAGAGGUUCUACCAGAUCAUGGACUACUUUGAUUACACUGGAUUUGUUGCAUGUGGGAAGUAUAUUCGGAGCAUCCUCUGUCAGGAAUGUUCUCCGUACGCUGCCCACCUGUACGACGCCGAGGAUGCCAACACACCCAUGCGGCAGUUGCCAGGCCUGUGUGGUGAAUACUGCUCCGACUACUGGCGCCAAUGUCGCUACACCCUGAGCCUGCUCAUUGACAACUACAACCUCACCGCGGGCAUCGAGGACGACCGCAACAAGUUCUGCGACUACCUGGUGCUGAAGGACCCCCAGUACUGCUACCCGAGUGUGCUCUCCAACGCCGAUCUCAAUAGCAACCUGGGGGACCUGCAGGAGGACCCGGAGGGCUGUCUGCAGCUGUGCCUGCAGGAAGUGGCCAACGGGCUGCGCAACCCCGUCGCCAUGAUACACGCGGACGACGGCACGCACCGCUUCUGGGUGGCCGAGCAGCUGGGCUACGUGUGGACGUACCUGCCCAACGGCUCGCGCAUCGACAGGCCUUUCCUCAACCUCACCAAGGCCGUGCUGACGUCCCCGUGGACGGGCGACGAGAGGGGCUUCCUCUGCAUGGCCCUCCACCCACGCUUCACCACCGUGCGGAAGGCCUACGUCUACUACUCCGUCAAGGUGGGGAAGGAGGAGAGGAUCCGGAUCAGCGAGUUCACCCUGUCGGUCGCGGACAUGAACAUGCUGGACCACACCUCGGAGAGAGUUCUUCUGGAGGUUAGAGAGCCAGCGUCCAAUCACAAUGGCGGCCAGCUUCUCUUCGGACACGACGGCUAUCUCUACAUCUUCACUGGAGAUGGUGGGAGAGCCGGCGACCCCUUUGGCAAAUUCGGCAACUCUCAGAACAAGUCAGCCCUCUUGGGAAAAGUGCUUCGGGUGGACGUGGACAACAACGACGACGGCGCCCCCUACAGCAUCCCCUCGGACAACCCCUUCCUGGGGGAGAAGGGCGCGCGCCCCGAGGUCUACGCCUACGGCGUACGCAACAUGUGGCGCUGCUCCAUCGACCGCGGCGACCCCAUCACGGGGCAAGGGAGAGGACGCCUGUUUUGCGGGGACGUGGGCCAGAACAAGUUCGAGGAGGUGGACAUUAUCGCCAAGGGAGGCAACUACGGCUGGAGGGCCAAGGAGGGGUUCUCCUGUUACGAUAAGAGGCUCUGUCUCAACUCCUCACUCGAUGACAUCCUCCCUAUUUUCGCCUACCCACACAAGCUGGGCAAAUCUGUGACUGGGGGCUAUGUCUACCGAGGGUGCCAGAUGCCCAAUCUAAAUGGCCGAUACAUCUUUGGCGAUUUCAUGAGUGGGCGUCUGAUGUCUCUAAGGGAGAAUCUCAAUACAGGGAAAUGGGACUACACAGAGGUCUGCAUGGGCAGUGACAAGACCUGCAGCUUCCCCAAGCUCAUCAACAGCUACUACAAGUAUAUCAUCUCCUUCGCCGAGGACGAGGCCGGGGAGCUGUACUUCUUGGCCACCGGGGUCCCUAGUGCCCAUUCCCGUGCCGGAGUUGUCUAUAAGAUAGUGGACCCAUCCAGGAGAGCUCCUCCAGGCAAGUGCCACUAUAAGCCCACCCCUGUCCAGAUAAAGGGCAAGCUGAUUCCCUUCCACCCCAAGGAGGAGUUUGUGAUUGACAAGAAGCCAACAACCACAGCGCCUCCUCUGACCACUAAGCCUGUAACAACACAACCUCCAACCACAACGGCCCGUCCUGCUGCCGCUAGAACCCCCAAGAGGCCUCCAUCCGCUGGGGGUCCGAGGACCACGCCGAGACCCGUCACCACUCCACCCCUAACCACCACGAGAGGACCACGGACCUCGCCACCCCCGGCUCAGAGUGUCACGACCCCUCGGCCACAUUACGGCACCACUACUGCGAGAUCUGGACAUAUGCCAAAUGUUCCUCUCACGAGACCCACUCCAACACCUAGAGCACGGGUCACUGCAAGCUCCAGGCCCAGAACUGUCCCCACUGCUAGGCCCCGGGCACCGCUCACCACCCCCCGGCCACACCCAACCUCCAGGCCGCCUCAGCCCACAGCCAGUCCGAACAUCAGAACCACCCCCCGGCCACCGUACUGGACCCCUGCCCCGAAGCCCACCUCCAAAGCCCAGGGACCCAACUUCACCCUGUCCAAGUCAUCUGGGAAGGGUCAGAGCCAGGAUGGCCGGGUCGAAAAGGAGGGGGAGAACCAGGUCCAGAAACCGCGACGCAAGAACGGCCGGCGAGGCCAUAAGCAGCGCAAGAACGGCCGGCGCCGGUCUCGGUCCGGUCGGGUGAGGCUGAUCAGUGAGGCCGGGGACCAGCACACGGACCGUGGGCGCGUGGAGAUCUUUGUGCGUGGGGAAUGGGGCACGGUGUGUGACGACCUGUUCGACAGCAAGGCAGCCGCCGUGGUGUGCCAGCAGCUAGGAUUCCCGUACGCACUGCGCGUUGCCAAACGGGCAGAGCUUGGCGCGGCUGCUGCCGACGUGCGUAUCCUGCUGGACGAUGUGGAGUGCGACGGCACCGAGAAGACGCUGCUGGACUGCCGACACGCCCGCGUGGGCAAGAACAACUGCUCACACCAGGAGGACGUCGGCGUGGUGUGUGGGCACAGCGAACAGUAGCCUGCCGACGCUGGGGGGCGGAAGUGGGCAAGGGGUAGUCUGGGGCAAAAGACUACAACAGUGCUGGAUUUCUAGAUGUACCUGCCCAAGGUGUGGCUGUGGAGAAAGGAGAAACUGUUGCUGUAGACUUUAGAUGCAAAAUCGUUCGUUGUUUGUUUGUUUGUUUGUUUGUUUGUUUGUUUGUUUCAAAGGAUCAGGGUCAAUGGCAGAAUACUGCUGUGAUACUCGGGCCUAAAUGGGCUAUGUAUGGAAGUUUAGUAGUCCUGAACACACCAUUGCGUCCAUGAUUCCACUGGCUUUGCGUGUAUUCAAUACAGCGCCUCUUCAGGUAAAACCUUCAGGUGGUAAUAGGUUAGCAUGCCUUCAAAUGACUUCAAAAUGGUUAUUUUUUCACAUUCUGUUGCUAUUUCUAGGUUCUAUUAGAACAUUUCAAACUACAAAGUCUACACAAGUAUUCCUCACAGAUUCCUUUCUGUAGUAGAUCUCGGCUGUCCGGCCCACACCACAGCACACCUGGUGUGCUCUUAGCUUGUCUUGAAAUCGAAUAUGUACACAGUGCACCUUCUCUGUCCAAUUGUUUAAAGCCCGCACUAAAUCACCCUUACAAACCUGGCCUCAUUCUAUUUCAAGUCAACUCCAACUUUAAGCAACAUUUCAUUUUUUAAUUCAAAUAUAACCAAUUGUUGAAAUGAUGCGGAAUAGGAAGCCCAAGAAAUUGGUGCAUGCAUUGCUUGUAAAACUGUCACCAUGUCUCAAGAGCUCCGCCUGAGGUGUUGAUCAUCUCUUUAUUUUGGGCACUGUGAGUUAUGUUACAUCUUGGCUCAACCACACAGUACUUUAACUCUCUUGGGCGUUUAACCAGCUGUACAAUUAAUUUACACACACACACACAGACACACACACACACACACGCGCGCGCGCACACACACACAGAGAGAGAGAGAGCUGUGUUUAUUGGCCUUGAGAACACAGACUGUGCACAUCUGUGUAUUAGGGUCAUGUGAGGUAGUUUGAUAUCAAAUGCUCAUUUUUUCAAUUCAGUUCAAUUCAGUGAUCCUCGAGUGGAGGACAACAAUGCAUUGUAGUCAAACAGAGAGGAGAACUGUGCAAUUAUGCCCCCUGGUGGCAAUGAGAUGCAAGUUGAUUUAUAGUUGGUGUCAAUCAUGGGAAUGAUAAACCAUCCUUAUAACCCAAACAAUGCAAAGGUGUGUUUUUAUCUGUUUGUUUGUUUUUAAAGUCUUGAAAAUAUUUUUUCUAUGAAUUUAGUACCCAUUAUGAACCCAGGCUUAUGUACAUUUUACAUUUCUAAAAGGAUUUUAUUAUUAAAUGAAAUGCUGGACAUUCUUUGAUUUGUUGUGAAAAAAGAGAAUGUGUGUAUAAAUAAACAUGGAAUAUGUGUCCCCAA